CGACCCAUUGUGACCCUACAAUUCCAAGGGCAUUUCUCUGCUAAUAAAGAAGUUUUCAGCUUCUCUGGUGGAUUGCUCUGCAUAAAGAUCAGGUGCUCUCUCUCUCUCUCUCUCUCUGGAAAAUGCUCGCAGCCUGGCCUCCUACGAGGCUGCCCCUCUGCCCAAUGCAGAAAAAAACCCUCCCCCAUCGCGCGUUGGUUGUGGUCUAUGCUAAGAUACGCAGGAGGCGACGCCCUUCGCCCCAAAUCCAAUACGACGAUGACGAAUCGGAGGAGGUAGGCGACCUAGGCCUAACCCUCCUUACGGCUCUGAAAUCCGAGACGCGGCUCGAGGAAGAAUCGCUUCUGGAGGUACGCCGGUCAGAUUCUUCAAGAAGGGAAGAGAAGAAGGCAGGGGCGUCGCUGAAAGGCUCGGAUGUGCUCUUUGCUUUGCAGAAAGCAGCUGUGCAGAAGGCGACUAGCAGAAAGGGAAAGAAGGGGAUGAAGGGAAAGCCGAGUAGGGAAGGAAGGGCCGAGGACAGUGUUGGGGACUACAGCGAUGUACGGCCCUUGCAUAUAAGGAGCGAUUGGGGGGUUCGGUUGGAUGAGAUGGAAACGAUGCUGGAAGAGCUGCUCAAUGAAGAAGAGCGGCUUAGAUGAAUAUGGCGAGGUAGCAGUUUGGCCUGCUAUUUUAUUUUUUUUUUCUUUCUUCUUCUC